AGCUCCGCGAGUCUGAGCGGCAGAUCAUCGAUAUGGUUAAGCAAGAGAGCCUAGGAGGGCAAGCGCCGGAUACGCCGAUCGCACGGCCUGUCGCACUCCCGCUGCAGUCCAAGCUGGAUGAAGCCGUGAUCCUGGGAUGUCACAGAUUCUCGUACUCGGAAACGCAGGUCGAUGCCCAUAUUGACAAGAUGCUGGCGCUUUGGACUGGGGAUCGCGAGCCGAUUGGUGUGGACGUUGAGGACGUGAAUCGAUGUUGGAGAUGUCCUUAUGAGGAAGGCUGUGAAUGGAGGGAGAUGAAAGCGAAGGAGUUUACUUCCAAGACUGGCGUUCAUAUAUCCGGUUAGAAUUUCUCAUCAUUAUGGACGGUCUUGUUGUUCUUUAGGGAAAG